UGUCGAAAUUUUGUCAAUAAUCGUUCAUCAUGAGGCAUUGUAUUGUAUGUUUAACUGUUUCCAUGGCAACCGGCUGGCGGUAAACCACACCUCGCCCAUCAGACCCAGUUCUGGCGACUGUGCGCUGUAAAGCGUGCGAUCCUUUGUUACGAUAUACUUCCCAAAAUGUUCUAUUAUAGUUAAAUAGUCCGUUUAGAUAAUGCGUGCAUGUGAUUAGGAAAUCUCUGUGCUCUUAAAUAAGUUUAGCUUUCAUAUAAAAAUAUCUGUGUACAAAUUAAUUAUUCAUUUCAAAGUUUUACUCGGUCGUGUCACUGAACUUUUGUUUUUUUAUUGGGAGCCGUUGACUCCAUAGAGCAGCAUGUAUAUUUCUGUAAACAUUUAAGAGUUCCGUAGUUUAAGAACCAUGUUUUUGGUGAGGUUCAAGGGUUUAUUACAAACAGUUUGGUGGUUGCUAGCAGCAGCCAGGGUUGUGACCGCUGGCAUCUCGUGUCUUAGCAGCCCUUGCCAACACGGUAUAUGUAUAGACGACGUCAAUACCACAUACGCAUGUUACUGCGUGGAUGGGUACACUGGAGUGCAGUGUCAGACCAACUGGGAUGAGUGUUGGUCCAGUCCAUGUCAGAAUGGAGGCACCUGCAUCGAUGGCAUUGCUUCCUACAACUGCUCGUGUCCUGAUGGCUUUAUAGGCGACAACUGUGAAACCAACUACAAUGAAUGCGAAUCGAACCCUUGUCUCAACAACGGGACCUGCAUAGACAUGAACAAUGGCUACCUAUGCUCAUGCAUCCCAGGCUUUUCUGGCGAACAUUGCGAGCUGGACGUAGCUGUAUGCAACUCUACGGAAGAGGUUCGAUGCUAUAACGGAGGUCAAUGCAUUGAGGGACCUGGGUUCAAAUUUUACUGCAAAUGCUCGCUUGGCUGGGCUGGACUGAAAUGUGAAGAUCAGAUAGACGAAUGUGAAUCCAACCCUUGUCAAAAUGGCGGCGUAUGCAUUGAUGUCCAUGCAGAUUACAUGUGCGCUUGCGCGUUCGGUUUCACGGGAAAAAGUUGCGAAGUGCAGAUAGAGUUUUGCGAUGACAACUCUUGCAGUAACAAUGCAUUGUGUGUCGUGGAAGAUGGAGUUAGAGUCUGUUACUGUGUGCCCGAUUAUCACGGAGAGAGAUGCGAGUUGCAGUAUGAUGAGUGCUUAUUAGGACCAAGAUGCAUGAACGGUGGUACAUGUAUAGAUGGCGUAGAUAAUUUUACCUGCUCAUGUCCACCAAGACUGACUGGCCCAUUGUGCGAAUGUCUCAUACUGGAAGACGAGACUUACGAUUGUGAAUACGUCAGUCCUACGCCUAUAACAAGCUCUACCCAAUCCAUAAUAACUACUUUAAUUGAAGAAACUACGACAAUGAAAUCUGAUGCUGAAACUACUCUCACAGAUAGUCCAACUACUGAUAUAACUCAGGUUUUAACUGAAAGAACAACUGACUUUGAUAGCCCCAGUAGUUCAGGAACGAGCACUGAACCACAGCCUUUUAUUACUACUGUCACAGAAGUAACAACAGAAAAAGACACUCAAGCCACUAGUGUAUCCGAAGAAACAACAACAUUUAUCGAAACAACAACCAUUAGAGCAGAAAUAUCAGAACUACCUGAUCAUGAAGAGACUAGACCAACUAUGGAAUCGGAUAAUGCCAAAACUGAGACUACUACAGAGUGUCAAGGAGCUUGUAAUGGUAGUGCUACUCAGCAACCAACAUCUACGGAUGUCGAUGUUACAACUGGUUCAGUUACAGAUAGUACCAAACUUGAUAUACCAACAAUAAUACCUACAAAAGAUAUUGUCGACGAAACUACUGGAACCACCUCUCCUACAUUUACCACAGUUGACGUUACACCAGAAAUAACAACAACGCCUAAAACUGAUAGCAGUACAGAUAAGAUGUUCACAAAUGUUCCUACUGAACAUCCCACAACGGACCUUCCUGUAAGAUACUCUUCGACUACAGAAACUGUGGAAGUCACGAGUGGUGUUGAUACAGAAACUUUGACGACUGUGCAGUCGGAAUGCACUGAUUCAAUAUGUAAUGAACAUGGAAGCUGUAUUAAUACUCCUCACGGAAUUCGGUGCCAUUGCAAUUUCAAUUACGGUGGAAGGUUUUGCGAUGAACCAAUAACAAUCACAUCGGCAGCUUUCGGAGGAAACUCAUUCAUAGCUCACAAACUAAAAAACGCUACAUCUAUCAAUAUAGAAUUCAACGCAAAAACCCUGAUUACUGACGGACAAAUACUACACGCGGAUAUAGCGAAAGGAGUUUACAUGCAACUGUUCAUGAAUUCAGGAUUAUUGAAAUUCAAAUUUUCUUGCGGUUACCAAACAAUGUUGUUGAGUGAAUUGAAGACUUUUGUCAAUAAAGGGUACCCGAUGAAAAUUGAAACAAGGUUAGAUUUGUAUCCGGAAGAUCAGCAUUGCAACGCGACUCUCCGUCUCAAUGACACAGUGGCCAUGAGUGGUGGUCAAGUAGCCAACAUAACCACAUUGGACCACAACUCGACACUGUAUCUCGGAAAUUCGAGAGAAGUUAAAGAUUAUGAAAGCAAACCUUUUAUUGGAUGUAUUAGGGAUCUUAUUGUGAACGGUGAGAAACGUGAAGUGUUCGGCGAUGCACUCGAUGCGGGUGAAGUAACGGAGUGCCUGUCGCUCUCGUGUCUGUCAGGGCCGUGUCUGAACGGUGGGACGUGCAGCGAUCACCAUGACGGGGGAUACACCUGCUCCUGUGCUAAUGGGUGGCUUGGAGAGCAUUGCAAUGAGUCCGUUUGCGAGAACAAUCCAUGCCAAUCUGGAGGCAGCUGCGUUCGUCACCCGGGUAGUGGAUUCCUCUGCCUUUGUCCAUACGGGAAACAUGGCAUCUUAUGCGAAUACAAUGUAGAGAUCACCCGUCCAUCUCUAGCCCCAAUAAGCACCGGAAUAUCUUCGUACAUAAUGUACGCAUUAUCUCCUACCGCCAUGAACUCGGACCGUUUCGACCUGCGCCUACGCUUCCAGACCUCAGAUAUGGACCAAAUAGCUCUGUUGGCGUUUGUGGGCCAAAGUGGACGGCAUGACUCGAGGAGCCAGCAUGUGGCCUUAACUUUCGUCAAAGGAUACGUCAUGCUUACUUGGAAUAUGGGCAGUGGUCCUCGUCGUGUGUUCACAUCCCGCGCACUGAGCCCGCGUCGCGGCGGACACGCGGUCCGCGUGUGGCGGCGCGGACGCUCCGCGGGGCUGAGCGUGGACGGCCGACACAACGUGUCCGGCAACGCGCCCGCACACAGCUCCAAGAUGACACUACUGCCCUAUAUAUUUAUUGGAGGUCACCCAUCCCCCGAGUUCGCGGAGCUGCCUCACGACUUGCCCCUGCACAGCGGCUGGCGCGGCUGUGUCUGGGAGGUGGGGGGCCAGGCCGUGGGCGCGGGGGCCCGGGCUGCCGGGGGCCGGGGGGUGGGGCAGUGUGGCGUCGCACAGUGUACUGCUAAGUCUUGUAACGCACCACGAGGUGUUUGUAUACAUUCGCCGGCUACUUAUGGGUGUAUCUGCAACGAAGGUUGGUUCGGCGCAACUUGCUCGAGCAGCCACAACCCGUGUGACCGCUCGGCGUCCAAAUGUCAGGGACACUGCGUCAUCAGCACCGACGGGAAUACGCAGUGCGACUGUCCUUAUGGGAAGACUGGGGUGUAUUGUGAGCAAGAACUGUUCCCUACGGAUGUCCUUUUCACUGGAACAAGAUCCUACGUGAAGCUUCAUGCUCGCACCAUAUCCAGUGUGAGCCUAUCAUUGGAGGCUGAAGUCAAGCCGGCUAAAGAACGAGGCUUACUGAUGUUUGUUCAAACGCCACACUUCUAUACUGCUCUGUCGCUGCAGGGUGGCUUGCUGGAGUAUCGGUGGACAGAUCGUCUAUCAGGAGUAACAUCCCUGGUCCGCAGCGGCGUGGUAGUGUCAAUGUCGCAGUGGCACAGCGUGAAAGCGGGUCGGUAUGGCAGUCGCCUCUACGUGUGGGUCGAUGGGUCACUCAGUACUGAGGCUAUGCUGGCUCACGCUUAUCCUCAUACGGCUGGCAACGCUUCGAUACUUCUUGGUGGAGCAAAAGAUUUAUCAUCUCUGCCCUUCGAUGCUAUGUCAGGAGCUCCAGCACCAUACAUUGGCUGUAUUAAAAAUCUUCACGUCAACAACAUACUUCUGCCGUUGGAACAACAGAAUAUACAAGGUUGAAGCCUACGUAACAAUGACAAUAUUCAAUGUUAUUUUAUUAUGUACGACAUUACCUCCACGAAACAACAUUAA